AUGAGGUUUUUUCUUCUUGUUCUACUAUUGAUUUACUACAAAGUGAAAUAUUUUACGCUUCGUGAUUCUCUACCCGAAUUACCUCCACAUUUUUUCUUUGGAAACUUAAUUCAAUCUGGUCUUCUAUUCUAUGAUCAAUCACCUCGACAAGUAUUUUCGACAUUUCGAAAACGUUUCGAUGAUACGUUUCAAUUUUGGCUUGGUCCAACUCGUAUUAUUGUUGUUAACAAAAUCGGUGAUAUUCAACACAUUUUUACUAAUCGUCAUAUUUAUGAUCAAGGUGAAAUAUACAUUCAAUUAUUUAGUACUCUCUUUUCUGAUGGAUUAAUUUGUCUCCGAGGAGCACAAUACAAACGACAUGCUUCAGUUACAUUGCCAAUAUUUCACCGCAGUAAAAUAAUUCCACAUUUCAAUAUCAUUGUCGAUUGUACCGAUAAAUUAUUGACUCAUUGGCGUGCAUAUUCAAGGGAACAUGUGCAUUGUAAUAUUAUAAAACAAUCUGAAAAUGUCAUGCUUGCCAUUUUUGGUUGGAUCGCAUUUGACUAUGAUUUAGAUACAUUUGAUCAUGGUUGUAAAAAUGAAUUAACUCAAGCUUUAAAGAGCUAUUUGACGCUUAUGUUUGAUGAAACACCAGAGUCGAAAUCAUUUAUCAAUGAUAUCGAUGGUUUAUCUUCGAAUCAUAUGCUUAUUUAUCUGCUUUAUACAUAUACUGAACCAUAUCAAUUGGUAAAACUAAAUACAUCAACAUUACAUCCACUAUCCAGUGCAAUAUUACCAUUUCAUUAUAAUGAUACAACAUUUCGACAAGAUUUUUUUCUUGUAACAUUUUCCGACGAUCAACUAUUUGUAGGUUAUGUGCAAUAUGAAGGAAAACCAGCAGCCGCAACAUGA